CUGUCAUCAAGGAUUUUUAUUAGUUUUAUUAUAAUUUUUUUUUAUCGUUUUACUCUAAUUACUUUGUUGUACUUAAAUAAUAAAUAAAAAGUAUACAACGUGAAGAAAAUUGUUAAAAUUACGGUGAUCAAUCGCGAAAGCGACAAACCAGUGUAUUGGAACAUUCUUUUAACAAUAUAAAUAUAUGUCUAAGUAGACUUACUACUUAGUUGUUGUUAUUUAUUUAGUUCAAUCGUUGCAGUGACAUUGAACCGAGUGUUUAUAGCAAUAAUAUUAUUACUAUACAUUUUUGUUAUAUUUAUUAUAAAUAAUGAAGUCGAGAUCAAUUUUUUUAAUCAUGAUAAUUAAUAUUUUAAAUAUUCAAGCUGACGACGCAAAACACGUUCAUUUUAAAAUAUACAUCCCUGAAUUAAUAAAUCGUCAUAUUCAUACUAAAACAGUGUGGGUGUAUGUGCAUAGUCCUCCUCAUAAAAAAAAAAAUAAAAAUAAUUAUCCAAAAAAGCAUAAUUAUUAUAAUGAAAAUUAUAAUAUCUGGAGUACAUCAUAUGAAGAAAAUGAGGAAAAUUAUAAUAAACAACAAAAUCAAGGUGAACCUCCAUUUUACGAUGACUAUAAAGAAACAAUUACAGAUGAAAAUUCUGAAAGUGUCGAAGAAGAUCCAUCACCGGUGUCACCACCUCGAAUGAAUUUCGAAACAGGUGUUACUGGAUACUCAUAUCCACCUCAAUAUCAAAUUAAUCAUAAUAAUUUUAAUAAUAAUAAUAACAAUCAUGUCGACGACUCAUCAUACGAACGAGUUGAAUAUGAUCAGGGACAUCAUCAAGCUGGUAAAAUAAAAACUGGGCAUUUAUAUACCGACGAUGAAUAUAAUCAAUUUUAUAAUAAUAAACUUGAAGAAUCUUCUGCUGAAAAUAAUAUAAUUGAUAAUGCCUCUAACAAUAAAUUUAAAUAUCUUAGAAAUAAUAAUCUUAUUAAAUUACGUGCUGGUUAAUUUUAUUUUAUGUUUUUGUAUCGAUUUUUUUUUUUUUUUUAUAAUAAAUAUAUAAUAUUAAAAAAAAAACUAGAUUGAUUAAUAUAUAUCUAAUCAGAAAAUUAAUAACCUAAGUGGUUAGAAGA